AAGCAGCAUUAUAUUUCCCGCGUUUCGAGCUUAAAUUUUGAAGAUGGCAGGUACUAGUACCGGCGAAGAAGCAAUGGACAUAGAUAUUAUACCAUCGACAAGCAAUACUAAUCCAAAAACUAAAGAUAAAACUGAUAAAUCUACACACUUACCAUGGAUUGAGAAAUAUCGACCACAUGUUUUUUCGGACAUCGUUGGGAAUACAGAUACAGUGUCUAGACUCUCUGUUUUUGCACAACAUGGAAAUUGUCCAAAUAUUAUUAUAUCUGGACCACCGGGAGUUGGUAAAACUACAACGAUUUUAUGUUUAGCACGUAUUUUAUUAGGGCCAGUCUUUAAAGAAGCAGUACUAGAACUGAAUGCUUCAAACGAAAGAGGAAUAGAUGUUGUCAGGAAUAAGAUCAAAAUGUUUGCUCAGAAGAAGGUAAACCUUCCAAAAGGUAAACAUAAGAUAAUAAUAUUAGAUGAAGCUGAUAGUAUGACUGAUGGUGCGCAACAAGCAUUGAGAAGAACAAUGGAAAUAUAUAGUAAUACAACGAGAUUUGCGUUGGCUUGUAAUAAUAGUGAGAAAAUUAUUGAACCUAUACAAUCACGUUGUGCCAUGUUGAGGUAUGGAAAGUUAUCGGAUGCACAAAUAUUGUCAAAAGUUCUUGAAGUUUGUGCAAAAGAAAAUAUUUCACAUACAGAUGAUGGCCUUUCAGCAAUAGUAUUCACCGCUCAAGGUGACAUGAGACAGGCCUUGAAUAAUUUACAAUCAACAUACAAUGGUUUUGGACAUGUAAAUAGUGAAAAUGUCUUUAAAGUUUGUGAUGAACCUCAUCCUUUACUUGUUAAAGAAAUGCUAGAGUUUUGUACAGAUGGGAACAUUUCAAAAGCAUAUUCAGUAAUGGAGCAUUUAUGGAAAAUGGGCUAUUCUGCAGAAGAUUUAAUUAGUAAUAUAUUCAGAGUUUGUAAAAACCUUUCAAUUGAAGAAACAUUAAAAUUAGAUUUUGUAAAGGAAAUUGGAAUAACACAUCUGGGAAUAGUAGAUGGAAUUAACAGUUUAUUACAGAUGAAUAGUCUGUUAGCUCGUCUUUGUAAGAGAGCUAUACAGAGUUGAAAAUGAU